CGAAGAUCCUGGACUUUUCCCGAUCGCUCGUGAACUUUUGACUGCACCCCAUGCGGCGACAGUCCGUGUCCCACGAGAGUGCACCGCAGCUAUGGCAUUUCAAGGCUCACGCGAUCAAUCUGAACAAGGGGAGCCGUCUUCUUCCCGUUCCAUCGCUAAGUACUCUCCUUUAGAGAUGGUUCCUGAGGUCGACUCCGAUCAGGAUGAGUCCCCCCUUGAAGUCCUGCCUCUGAAUAACUUUGGCCCCAAACGUCGGCGGCGGCGAACGACGACUCGAGUGCAACGCAGCAGGCUGCGCAGCCUAUGUAGUUUCUGGAAAUGCCGCCAUCUGUAUUGUCACAUUCACCCGUACUCGCGACGAGCCAUGACUUGCCGAUUUGUAAAGCGUCCCUUCUGGGGCGCAGUGAUCGUGCUCGGCCUCCUAAAACUCGCCUCUAUCUUUUGGUCUGGUUUGGUCUACCUCUUUCCAGACGACCUUGACGCCCGCCUCGACGCCUGGGUCUUCCCCGCCGGUCGCCCAUCCAUAUUCUCACAUUGGACCACCCACGGCGUCGUCCCCGUGCGAUGCCACUCACACAACGAUUAUUGGCGCGACGUACCGCUCCAUUCGGCCCUCAGCGCAGGCUGCAUUGGCGUUGAAGCCGACGUCUGGUCAUCCGAUAAUGACUUGCUGGUCGGACAUACUCCCUUCACACUGCACCACGAAGUCACUCUCCGCAGUCUGUACCUAAACCCUUUGUUGGACCUACUCCAGAAGCACAACACCCGCUCGAGCCAACUCGAGCCCGCGCACCUUCCCGGCAGCUUCCGCGCCGGUGUAUUCUCCAGCGACCCAUCACAAACCCUGGUCCUGCUCAUCGACUUCAAGGAGCAGCCUGAGGCCACCUGGUCCAUGGUGAUGGAGCAGCUCCAACCCCUCCGUGACGGCGACUACCUCACCUAUUUCAACGGUACAGACAUUAUCACCCGGCCCAUCACAGUCGUUGCUACCGGCGAUGCGCCCUUCGAUCGCAUCACAUCGAAUCAAACAUACCGAGACAUCUUCUACGACGCCCCGCUUGACCAGCUCGCCCUCCUUCCACCAAGCACCGGACGACCCGAUCAGCCGGAUCCAGAAACAGAGCCUACCUACUCGUACAAGAACAGCUACUAUGCCUCUGUCGACUUCCGCAAGACUAUCGGCAGUCUAUCCCGCAAUCGCUUCUCGCAGGGACAGCUGGAGCUGAUUCGGAAGCAGGUUGAAGCUGCGCACGCGCGUGAUUUGAAGGUGCGGUACUGGGGAACCCCGAGCUGGCCACGUGGUCUGCGGAACCAUGUUUGGCAUGUUUUGGUGCGGGAGGGGGUGGAUUUAAUCAAUGUAGAUGAUUUGAGAGAAGCCACGAGGCAGGAUUGGAGGAAGCAUCGGAGUUGGUUCUUUUGAUGGCUCGUGGGUGAAGUAGCAUGGUUGUGUGUGCAAGUAUAUGUCAGCGACGAAGUCAUGGAUAUAUGGAUGUAACUUGCUUAAUAAUAUAAAUAAUUUACAGUACCUAGGUUUAUAAUAAAUUUUUAAAAGUC